AUGCCAAAAACAAAGUUUCGCCCAUGUAUAGAUUUACAUAAUGGACAAGUUAAACAAAUUGUAGGAGGUUCAUUAAAUGAAUCAAGUCCUUCAGAACUCAAAACAAAUUUCGUAUCAAGCGAAAAGCCAAGUUAUUAUGCUAAUUUAUAUAAACUACAUAAUUUAACUGGUGCUCAUGUAAUUAAACUUGGACCUGGAAACGAUGAUGCAGCCAAGGAAUGUUUAACAACUUGGCCUGGAGGAUUACAAAUUGGUGGAGGAAUUACUUUAGACAAUGCAGAAGCGUGGUUAAAUGCCGGUGCUGAAAAGGUGAUUGUCACUUCAUACCUUUUUCCCGAUGCUAAAUUUUCUUUAAAUAGAUUGCAAGAAUUAUCAGCAAGAAUCGGGAAAGAAAACAUUGUUGUUGAUGUUAGUUGUCGUAAAAGAGAAAAUAAAUGGGUUGUUGCUAUGAAUAAAUGGCAAACCAUGACGGAUAUGGAAAUAAAUGAAGGAUCUUUAAGAUUACUAUCAGAUUAUUGCAGUGAAUUCUUGAUUCAUGCUGCAGAUGUAGAAGGAUUAUGUCAAGGAAUUGACAUUGAACUUGUUGAAUGUCUUGGAAAAUGGGUUACAAUACCAACGACAUAUGCAGGCGGUGCAAAUUGUUAG